AUGUAUUAUUUACCAAACGACGGCGCCAUCGCGGCGUUUGCGCGCCUCUACGCACGUGCAUCGGAGAGUCACCUUGGCGGCGCGUCCUUCCUGCCGUGGAACAGGGUCAUGCUUGUAAUGUUCGAGGAGGCUCUACGACGUCACGACCCCAGCGUCUCGCUGCCGUACUGGGACGUCACCAUCGACCAAGACAUGGAUAACCCAGUCAACUCGGUGCUCUGGACGCCCGAGUACUUCGGCGCUGGCACCGGCGAGGUGAUGGACGGACCGGCCGCCGGCUGGGUGACCAGCCAGGGCAAUCUCGAGCGAAACUACGGGCGGCAGGGUCGCCUCAUCUCCAAGGAAGUAAUUCCUAACAUACUGCAGAGGUGUAAUUUAAGGGACAUCUCUCAGCCAUUCGCCCGUCGCCGUAACGAUCUCGAGUACCAUCACGGCGGCCCUCACACCUGGGUAGGCGGCGACAUGGCGCACCCCGCGACCGCCGCCUUUGAUCCAGUCUUUUAUAUGCACCACGCCUUCGUAGACUACAUAUGGGAGGUCUUCCGGCGCCGACAGUCCAGGCGGUGUGGCGUGGAUCCAUCACAGGACUACCCGGAAGUUCCUCUAGGGAACAGUCACGCCGCCGAGUCGCCGAUGGUGGGGUUUGAAUGGUUCAAGAACAGUGACGGGUUGCAGAACGAUUGGAUCGACAAUUGGUAUAACUAUGAGUCUCCACCAUCUUGUCCAAACUGUUGCGAUGGCUGCAGCUUCCCUCCGCCCAUCACGUGUGACAGAAGACGAGACGUCUGCGUCGCGCGUUCCAGGAGAAAUUUCGUGUUCGGACCUCGGAGUGAGAGUACUCGAAUCAAAGAUAUCAUCGCGCAAGCUCAGCUAGAUCCUCGAGAAAUUGAGACCCUUACAUUUCAGCCCACUCCGAGAAACCGCGGUCAGGAGUUUCCGGCGCCUCCAAGUGAUUCAAGGACAUUGCAGACUGCCAUUGCCGAUGCGUAUGAGUCAGUCCGACGGUCAAGCGAACAAGGUCGGUCUAAUGAUAGAUCACCUUCUGAUACACGUGAUCAAAGAGCCCAAGCUACCUCUCGUGAUACCACAGGUGCGAUCGAUCCACGCGAUCGUAGAGCUCCUAGUGAUCCACGUGAUUCUGGAGCUCCAAUUGAAUCACGUGAUUUUAGAGCUCCUAUUGACCCACGUGAUUCUAGAGCUCCUAUUGACCCACGUGAUUCUAGAUCUCAUUUUGACCCACGUGAAUCUAGAGCUCCUAUUGAUCCACGUGAUUCUAGAGCUCCUAUUGAUCCACGUGAUUCUAGUGCUCCUAUAGACCCACGUGAUUCUAGAUCUCCUAUUGAUCCACGUGAUUCUAGAGCUCCUAUUGAUCCACGUGAUUCUAGAGCUCCUAUUGAUCCACGUGAUUCUAGAGCUCCUAUUGAUCCACGUGAUUCUAGAUCUCCUAUUGACCCACGUGAUCCUCGAGCUUCUUUUGAUAUACGUGGUCCUAGAGCUCCUAUAGAUUCACGUGGUCCCAGAGCAAGUAUUGAUACACGUGAUCCUAGAGCAAGUAUUGCGGCACGUGAUCCUAGACCUCUUAUUGAUCCACGUAAUCCUAGAGCUCCCAUGGGUCCCCGUGAUCCAAGAGCCACUAUUGAUCCCCGGGAUCCUAGAGCUCUUAUUGACACACGUGAUCCUCGAGCUUCUUUUGAUCCCCGUGAUCAAAGAGAUCUUAUUGGCACACGUGAUCCAAGAGCUCCUAUAGGCUCAGGUGAUACUAGAGCAUCUAUUGAUUCCCGUGAUCCUAUAGCUUCUAUAGACUCACGUGACCCUAGAUCUUCUUUUGUCGCACGUGAUCAUAGGGCUACUAUUGAUCCCCGUGAUCCGAGAGCUCCUAUAGACUCACGUGGUCCCAGAGCAAAUAUUGACCCACGUGAUUCUAGAGUUCCUAUUGAUCCGCGCGAUACUAGAGUUCCUAUAGACUCACGUGACCUUAGAGGUACUAUGGACACACGUGAUCCUAGAGCUUCCAUUGAUUCACGUGAUAUACGCGGCCCUAUUGAUCCUCGAGACCCACUUGGUCCAGUAGAUCAAGCGACGGAUACCAUGGGAAUUCGCAGUUCGUCUUCCAGAAAUACAAUGAAUCCGGUGUUUGAUUCCCGGGGAUCUAGACUCGAUUCGGAUUCACGCGUGUCUGUCAAUCAUUCGCCAACGCUUUCUAGUCCUAGUGAGGUCUUUUUUGACCCAGCUCCCGACAGGAUAACCGACCCGAUAGAACGUUUAAGGGACCCACGAGCGUUCAGUACCAGAAAUUCACAUGCAGAAAGGUCCGCAUCUAGAGAACAUAGCGAGGGGCUGCGCGAUCCGACCUUUAACCCUCGACUGGAAGGACCGCCUGUCCGCCUCUCUCCAGACGCAGUUCGCCUUUAAUAUGUGGGUUUUGUUCCUUGCACGUUUCUUUUAAUGUAUUUCUCUUGUAUUCGGCCGCGUAGUGUAUAUAUA